GUGCUUCCAGUAGAUCGCAUCGUCAGUUAUCCAAUUCCCAUUUCCUCGACGUUGAAUGCACAGAGUCCAUGUCAAUCGACAAUGCAGUUGUGGAUGCCAAUUGCACUGUUGAGGAAAACACUAAUGAAGUUCAGAGAAUGAGGCAAGAAUCGAAGAGAACCAUUAAUGUAUACAACGGAUCUUGCAAACAAGCAGCAACUCCACCCCCACACAGGGCUGAUGGGCUUGAGCAACAUAACCCCAGUGAAAAGAGUCGAAUCGAGCAGGCAAGGAUCAAUGAAGAGGCAGCACUUGCACUGGUUGAGAUGGAGAAAGCCAAGUGCAGAGCUGCCAUUAAAGCUGCAGAGAGAGCAAAGAAAAUAGCCGAGAGGGAAGCACAGAGAAGAAUCUUGGCAGAGCAAAGAGCAAAGAGAGAAGCUGAGGAAAAGAUACGAGCCCUGGACAAUUUGUCCAACAAUGAUGCCCGAUACAGAAAGUACAGCAUCGAAGAGAUUCACACAGCCACUAAAAAGCUCUCGGAUUCAAUGAAAAUCGGGGAAGGCGGUUAUGGACCUGUCUACAGAGGAAAACUUGAUCACACUCCGGUUGCCAUCAAAGUACUCCGAUCCGAUGCAUUGCAGGGACGAAAACAGUUCCAUCAAGAGGUUGAAGUGUUGAGCUGCAUGAGACAUCCAAACAUGGUCAUCCUGAUGGGAGCUUGUCCUGAAUACGGAUGCCUCGUCUACGAGUUCAUGGACAACGGAAGCCUGGAAGAUCGCCUGUUUCGCAAGGGUAAUAGUCCUCCCAUCCCUUGGGGAAUUCGCUUCAAGGUUGCGUCCGAUAUAGCAACGGCGCUCUUGUUCCUCCACCAGGCCAAGCCCAAGCCCCUCGUGCACAGGGACUUGAAGCCGGCCAACAUUUUGUUAGACCAUAACUACACCUGCAAGCUCAGUGAUGUCGGCUUGGCAAGGCUGGUUCCACCCAAAGUUGCAGAUGCUGUAACUCAGUAUCGCAUGACCACAGCUGCCGGCACCUUUUGUUACAUAGAUCCCGAGUAUCAGCAGACGGGUAAACUGGGGACUAAAUCGGAUAUAUACUCGCUAGGGGUGACUUUGCUGCAAAUCAUCACCGCCAGGCCUCCCAUGGGCCUGACUCACCUUGUUGACAGCGCCAUCAAGGAUGGGACAUUUGCAAGUUUGCUUGAUCCAGAGGUGCAUGAUUGGCCUGUCCCAGAGGCGCUUGCCUUCGCCGAACUGGCCAUGAAAUGUGCUGAGCUAAGAAAGAAAGAUCGACCGGAUCUGGCAAACGAGAUUUUACCAGAGCUUAACAGGCUCAAGGAAUUCCGGAUGAAACAUACCAAUCCAUAGUUGGGAGUCCUUGCCCAAGUUUCGUCCGAGUUUCGUCCUAGUCCUAGCUAGGUCCAUCAAAUUAAUUAUUCACGAUCAGAAUACUUAGAGGCUCAUAAACAAACAAACACACAAACUCACCAUUAUUUUGAUCAUUAAUGUCUUGUAUGCCAUUCUUGCAGCUUGAUUGAUUCUAGAUAU